ACGCGGUCACACUGAGCACGUGGAAGACGAAGCAGCCGAACAGAAUAUUUUGGGGAACAACGCAAUUGUCGCGGAAGAAACCACAACAGAUCACAUCAUGGAGGCAGAGAACAUCAAGGCGGACGCAUUCGAGCCAGCCAAACGGGCACCCAAACGAGGAGCCUCCGGAAGCGGCCAGCAGGACAUGGAGAUGCAAGUGGACGAGGCGACCGGCAUCGAGGGCCAGGUGCUGGGAUCCUCACUGGCAUCGGCUCCGCCCAAGGCAAAAAGGGCCAGGAGCGAGCUGCGCAAAGUGUCCGUGCCGCCGCACAGGUACUCCUCUCUGAAGGAGCACUGGAUGAAGAUCUUUACACCCGUGGUGGAGCACAUGAAGCUGCAGAUCCGAUUCAACAUGAAGGCGCGCCAGGUGGAGCUGCGUGUCGGCCCCGAGACGCCAGACAUUGCCAAUUUGCAGCGCGGAGCGGACUUUGUGCGCGCCUUCCUCUGCGGCUUCGAAGUGGACGACGCCUUGGCCCUGCUGCGGCUGGAGGACCUCUUCGUCGAGUCCUUCGAGAUCAAGGACGUGAAAACGCUGCGAGGCGACCACCAGUCGCGCGCAAUCGGUCGCCUAGCGGGCAAGGGCGGACGCACCAAGUUUACCAUCGAGAACGUGACCAAGACCCGCAUUGUCCUGGCAGACAGCAAGAUCCACAUCCUCGGAAGCUACCAGAACAUCCAGCUGGCACGUCGGGCCGUCUGCAAUUUGAUCUUGGGCUCGCCGCCCAGCAAAGUGUACGGCAACCUGCGGGCCGUCGCCUCGCGUCUCUCGGAGCGCAUGUGAUCGUAAUCGGGACUUGAGAUUGAGAAGUAGUUGCGUUUUUUUUAGCAUUAGCAAUAAAUAAUAAAUAUAACAUGUAUUUAUACAUUUACAAUAUACACACAUAAACACGGGAA